UUGUGCUCUAUAACAGAAACUGUACUAAAUUGUAAUAAUCUCAAUCUUAAGUACUUCAAAAUGAAAGUUCCAUAUGUAGUAUCUGAAAACACACGAGAAGCUUACAAUACAUCAACUAUUAUGAAGGCUUCCUUAGCAGAAGCUGAUCGAAAAAUUGUAGCUGAAAACUUUGAAUGGGACGAUGAUUUCACACCAGCGCCUCUCACAUAUUUUGCCGCAAUUGCGCUUUCGAAGAUAUUUAACAGAAUCAAUCCACUGCGAAAGAUUUUACAAAAAGAUAGAGAUUUACUAAUGGAUUUGUAUCCUGCUAACAUACCACUCAAGUUCACAGUACCUUGCAUUAAGGAUGAACAGUACUGGAAAAGGUCAUUUUACUCUAAAUUUCCCUCUAGAAAGGAAAUUGGUGUCUCUUACUGGAAAGGGAAGUUUUUAUCCGCAUGUCUUUAGGAUUAUUUGGAAAAUGUUAAGCCUGAUAUUUUUGUAGAGGAGGAAGCUGUCGAAUUAGCUAAAUUGGUAAGCCCUUACAUUUUCGAAUUGGGUCUUAAUCAACUGCAAAUGGUUCGUCAACCCAGACCUCCUGUAUCACGCGAUGAUGCAGUAGAGGAUACAUGCGACUUCAGCGUCCCUAAACUUUAUGACCACAUACCGUUAGAACCAGUGCUUAUUCGGCUUUACAAUUUACAAGAAAUAUCGUUGAUUUUUGGAGUGAAUAAUCUCGAAGAUGAAUACUUGACAAGAUACUUUGAGCUUUCUAUAAGUGACUGCGAGUCGUUGUGCCGAGGACUUGAACAUUUGCAACAUCUUAGAACAUUUCGAAUCAAUAGGAGCAAUUUAGACUGUUCUAAGGUAAAGAUAAUUCUACAAAGUUUAGUUAAAAAAGAAUCGAUUGAAGAAUUGGAUUUUAAUCAUUGUAAAAUUGGAGACUAUGGUAUGAAAGCGUUGGGAGGCUUCAUUUAUAUGCAUAAAAAUGUGAAGAGAGUUCGGAUAGCGAAUAAUAGGUUCAAAGAGAUCGGAGUUCAAGGAAUUGCCUAUGCUUUGCAAAUGAAACCAGCUGCACCUAUUGAAUUACUAGAUUUUAGCUUGAAUCCAAUGUCAUUGGAAUGCGCAACCAUAUUCGCCGCAGCGUUUGUUCGUUGCAAGGAAAAACCUCAGACUUUAACUGUGAACUCUUGUGGAUUUAGCGGGCAUUCUGCAGAAAAGAUGGCUGGUUUGCUAACCCUAAAUCGUGGUUUGACUAGACUAGAUAUGGCGGCCAACAAUUUAUCCGGUGAAGCAGAGAAAACACUGAUUCGCGCCUUAGAACAAAACAAGAGGGUGUUGAGAGUUGAUUUGCGUAGUACACAUAUUUCUGAGGAGACACAAGCCAAGGUAGACCAUUUAUUAGAACGAAAUAAGAAGCUAGUUGGAGUUGAGACCGAGCCCAGUGAAGAAAUACCGCCACUCUACUUAAAUGAGCCCGAAUACCUUAUAUGGGAAUAUAACCCCAAUAAUCCAGAUUAUAUUCCCGGCAUAUAUCCCGAAAGGGUUCCAGAAGUUUGAAACUUUAAAUGAGAAAUCCUUUAAUAAGCUUCUUUACAUUUAAAAUAGCGUUUUUAGCUUUUUACAAAAGAAUUAUAGGU